AUGGACACCCGCUUCCAGCCAGAAGGACUGUCGUUCGACACCAAAGACACCUACACGCUUAAUGCCGACAGCUUGCAAUACCCUCCAUCGGCACAACAACCAAACAUGUACCAACCACCUCGACAACAGAGCCCGUACCAACAGAGCCCACAACAAGCCCAAUACCCGCCCCAGCAGCAACGGCAGUACACUCCCCAACCUCGGCAAGAGAGUCAAUAUGGCUUGCCCGCCGGUCCCGGUCCUAGGAUGUCCAUGGCACAACCACCAGCACAGGCCUACGGUCUGCCUUCUGGUCCUCAAUCAGUGCAACACUCUCCGCAGCACAGCCGGGAGCUCAGUUACUCGCAGAUGCCUAACCCACAACAGCAGGUGCAGGUGCAGCCGCAACCUCCUCAGCCACAGCAGCAGGCCCCAAUGUACCGAGAACCGUCCGUUGCGCCGCAAAAUAUGGCCACUGUAUCCGGCGAGACAACUCGCACAAACACAUGGGUGCAGACACCCGCGCCAUUGUACCCGUCGCAACAGGGAUACUUCCCUGGACCCGUCAACGCCAACGGCUAUCCCGUCGAUGCUAAAGAGCGACCAAGAGAACCAGACAACCCGUUCACAGACCCAAACCACCACCACGCACCUCCCGCCAUGGAGAACAUCGACCUCGAGAAGCACGGCAAGCAUGACGAUGGCCACUCGGGAUGGGACCACAAGACCAAGAUUCCAGGCAGGAAGGACCCCAACCAGCCAUACCUCACAUAUGGCCAGCGUAUCAAGCACUACACCUGGGCAAACUACACCUUGACUAUGGCUACUGGUGGUCUUAGUACCCUCAUUGCUAUCCAGCCACACAAGUUCCCUGGUCUCAUCACCGUCGGCGCCGUUUUCUACAUUUUCAACCUCAUGCUCUUCACCGCCGUCACCAUGACCUUGAUUCUCCGAUUCACCAAGUACUCUGGCUCCUUCAAAGCAUCGAUCUCUCACGAGCGUGAGGGUCUCUUCCUCGGUCCAUUCUUCCUGUCCAUUGCUACCAUCAUCACCGGCACACAAAAGUAUGUCAUAGAAGCCUAUGAGAUGGAUCACCCCAAUCGUGCGUGGGCAGUCACUACCAUGGCUGUGGCGUUCUGGGCAUACACCUUCAUCACCUUCUUUCUUGCCAGUUUCCAGUACUCCUUCCUCUUCUGCUCGCACACAUACAAGCUCAACAGCUUCAUGCCAUCAUGGCUCCUGCCCAUCUUCCCCAUCAUGCUUGCUGGUACCAUCGCCUCGGUCAUUGCCAAAGAUCAGCCUGUGUCAUCCAGAAUGCCGAUUCUCGUUGCCGGUAUCGGUUGCCAGGGUUUGGGUUUCACUGUCGCCAUCCUCAUGUACGCGCAUUACAUUGGUCGUCUCAUGCAGGUCGGAUACCCCGACCGCGAGCAUCGAGGUGCCAUGUUUAUCGCAGUCGGCCCGCCUUCUUUCACCUGCUUGGCUUUGAUCGGUAUGGCCAACGCGCUUCCCGAUGACUUUGACUUGCAGGGCGAUGGUCUCAUCGACGCCAAGCUACUCAGGACGCUCGCUCUCGUUGUCGCUCUCUUCCUUUGGGUUCUGGCUAUGUGGUUCUUCAUGAUUACUCUCAUUGCUGUCAUCAACUCAUGGGCCGUCUACUUCCAUCUUGGAUGGUGGGCCAUGGUUUUCCCCAACACUGGUUUCGUCAUUGCUACCAUCUCGAUCGGUAACUCUCUCAAGGACGAGACUGUGCUCUUCGUCGGCAAUGGUCUUUCCAUCGCGAUCAUCUGCAUGUGGUGCUUCGUUCUCUUCAAGCACAUCCAAGCCAUCAUUGUCGCCGACAUCAUCUACCCGAUGAUGGACGAAGAUAUCGCGGAUCACUAG